GUCAAAGUGAGGCUCUUAGCACUCCAGGGCCUCUUGUGGGCCAGGCUAUGUGGGAUGCAUCGCCACCUGCAGCUGCGCCACUCCUCCACCCGUCCUCAGCUCUCAGUGCGGACUCUGAAGACAGCCAUGUUGUGGAAGUCGGUCCUGGCCGUGGCACUCAUUGUGCUGGGAAUUCAUGAUUGCAGCUUCAGGUUUAUAGAGAUCGACAAGAACCAAAAGGAUUUUGCGGCUUCUGUGGAGCAUAUUGUGUUCUACUUCAAUGAGAACCAGGAUGAUGAUUUUGCCUACAAGUUCCUGAGAGUCCGGAGAAGUCUAAGUGAGAGACGUAAGAUGUUAUAUUUAGUAGACCUGGAGAUGGGCCGUACGCUUUGUGGGAAAUAUGAUGAAGACAUUGACAAUUGUCCAUUGCAGGAAGGUCCAGGAAAGAAAAAGGUACGCUGUACUUAUAUUCUCGAGACUGUAGUAUGGAUUACUAAGUUCACCGUCUUGAACAGCACCUGUGCGCAGAUUUAAGUGGGGCAGGAGUCUUUCUGUGCCUACCGCUAAAGGCCCCUUGCCUCUUGAGGAUGACUGUUUAUAUUCUAGGAUCUCUUUGGUACCAGAACAAUUAAAGUCAUCUUACAAAACA